CCGAAAUUCAAACCCCAAGCCCAAGCUCAAGCUCCAGCUCCCAAACGCGCUAGCCGAUGACGCACGCGGGGCCCAGAACGCACGGCACGACACGACACGCUACGGGACACGCCCCGGCCUCGGCCGCGGCAGAUACGGGUCUGCGCCGGGCGUUGAAGUAGCAGCGGAGCGAGGCGCGAGCGAGUCUCGCUGUGUCUGUGUGGGAAUCUUGGUGCGGCUUUCUUUGUACAUACACGAUUUUCUGGUAUUACUACUCUUAUUCCUACUAUCAUUAUACAAGAACAGUAAAAAUGGCGAGCGCGCAGAGCAUUGCGCGGAAUUGCCGCAAGAUAAUGUGCAUUGGCCGCAACUACGCGGCGCACAUCGCGGAGCUCAACUCGGCGACGCCCAAGCAGCCCUUCUUCUUCCUCAAGCCCGCGUCGUCGAUCCUGCUGCCCGGCGCGGGCCCCGUGCUGCGGCCGCGCGGCGUGACGAUGCACUACGAGGUCGAGUUGGGGCUUGUCAUGGGGCGGACGGUGCGGGACUUGCGCGAGGACGACGAGCAGGGCGCGCUGGAUGCUAUUGCGGGAUACCUCCUUGCUAUUGAUAUGACGGGGCGCAAUGUGCAGGAUGAGGCGAAGAAGAAGGGUCUGCCAUGGUCGAUUGCAAAGGGCUUCGACACCUUCAUGCCCAUCUCGCAGCUGAUUGCCAAAUCGCGCAUUCCCGAUCCGCAGAACGCGCAUCUCUGGCUGUCUGUCAACGGCGAGAUGAAGCAGUCCGACAGCACCGCGCUGAUGCUGCACCGUAUCCCCGAGCAGUUGAGCGCUAUUAGCAGGGUCAUGACGCUGGAGGCGGGAGACAUUAUCCUGACGGGCACGCCGAAGGGUGUUGGGCCGGUCCAGACAGGGGAUGUUAUGCGGGCUGGAAUCAAGGUUGACGGGAAGGACAUUGAAGAAGCGAGCCUCGAGGUUCCGGUCGAGGACCGCGAGGGUUUGUAUUCGUUUGCUGAGACAUAAAAGAUCGGACAGUUGAAUGAAGACAUAGACCACUCUUACUUCUGUUUCGUCUUCUGCUUCGAUGGAGAAGCUUUUGGAUUUUG